CCCCCACGUCAGCGUCGUCGUCGUCGUCUCCUCCUCCUCCUCCUCCUCUCUCCCUCUCUCUCUCUCUCUCUCUCUCUCUCUCCUGUCAAUGACUCUGUUUUCGCAGUUCACCAUUUAGUCAAAAGAUCGGUGCUUAAGCGACCACUUCAACUUCGAGUGCUCAGAGUUUUGUGGGAGCACCAAAAACCUGCCAUGGGUCAUGGCCAUGGCAAUGGAUUGGAUGUGCCUCCAAAAUAUUCAGAAGCUCAAAAACACGAUAUACAGAAUAGAAGCGGAAUGUUGAAGUUUGUCGCAUCCAUGAAAGACUUGGAUGGUCACGUGGCACAGAUAAGAGGCAAGAGUGAAGAAAAACUAGCAUCAUAUGAAAUGGCUGACGAGAGAGAUAUAAAUGCAGCACAUGUUUUGGUAGAACUGGCCAAUUGUGUUUCGGGUUUGCCUAAGAACUGCUUACAGUCUUUUAGAAGGAGCUCUAGUGUGUUUCAGAUUCCAGAGAAUAAGUUAUUAACUACAGUGUUAGCAGAUGGUAAUAGCAAAGAUGCUAAUAGGUUGGGAGGAGAUGGCAAGACGAAGAAGCCAACUGGUGUAAAGUUAAAAUUUUCAUUGUCGAAGGCAAAUGACGUGGAGAGAAAGCAGAAGAAAAGGACAGUUGAGAAUAAUUUCUCUUUGCCCCAUUCAAAAAAUCAAUUCAUUACCGAGGAGGAAGAGGAUAGUAUGCAUGGAAGGUGUGGACUAUCAGAUGGAUGUCGGUUGACUAGUAGAUCAGGGAAAAAAGGUUGGCAAAAAAUUGAAGCUUUUGUGAGUGAUGAUCAUGAUGGACUAGGCAUGGCAUCUUUAGAAAGCAAGAAGGCGGCAAAGAAACAGAAAACAAAAACUGAUGAAACAUACGUGGAAGGAUGUUAUGAAUAUGAUCUUUUAUGUUCUAGAUCGAAACAGUUUAUUGAUAAACCUAUUCCUGUGAAGAAGAGAUCAGGAUUACAGAAAGUGGAUGUUCAAACUGUAUGUUUAGUGCGUGCGGUAAGUGGUGAUAUGCUCCUUUCAGCAGAUGGAUCUGUGGAUGCUGAGGUGUCCGUUGUGAAACCAGCAAAGAGGAAGCAAUUUCCUUUCAUCACUCCAACCAUUCAUACUGGUUUCUCAUUCUCCAUCAUACAUCUUCUUUCUGCUGUUCGCAUGACACUGGUGACCCCACAUGAUUGCAAGGAUAUUCCAAAUGAAAACCCUGUAUUUGUCAAUGGGUUUCAUUCUUGUGAAAACAAGGGUGUUGUAAAUUCAGAGCAGGCAGAAGAAAGGAAUAUACCUUCUCUUACUAUUCAUGAAAUUGUCUGGCGUUUGAGAUUGAAACCUGGAGAUCCUUGUAUUCUUGAAACCGAGGAGACCCUUCCGGAUUUAGUCAGAGGUGUACUAAAAAUAUUCUCCUCUAGAACAGCACCUCUAGGAGCAGAUUCCUGGAAGCCUCUCACAACGUAUGCAAAACCUAGCAAAACGUGGUCUUGGGUUGGUCCUCUAUGUUUUAAUUCAUCCAGUGAUGAUUGCACGUCUUCUGAAGCAUGGGGUCUUCCUCACAAAAUGCUUGUAAAAUUAGUUGAUUGCUUCGCUAACUGGCUGAAAAACGAUCAAGAAUCACUCAAACAAAUUGGUUCUCUUCCUGCCCCACCUGUGGCAUUAUUGCAACCCAUCGACGGAAAGGAAAGAUUCAAAGGCUUGAGAGCUCAGAAAAGUCUAAGCACUAUUAGCCCAAGCUCUGAUGAAGUGAGGACUUAUUUCCACAGAGAGGAAAUUCUGAGGUAUUCAAUUCCCGAGAGGGCUUUUUCUUACACAGCACUUGACGGUAAGAAAUCCACUGUUGCUCCUCUAAGAAAGUGCAGUGGUAAGCCAUCAGCAAGAGUUCGUGAUCAUUUUAUGCUUAAAAACAACCGGCCACCCCAUGUAACGGUUCUUUGUCUGGUGAGAGAUGCAACUGCUAGAUUGCCUGGAAGUAUGGGUACCAGAGCAGAUGUGUGUACUCUGAUUAGAGACUCGCAGUUUGUUGUGGAUGAGAUUUCUGAUUCUCAACUUAACCAAGUUGUGAGCGGAGCUUUAGACCGCCUGCACUAUGAACUCGAUCCUUGUGUGAAGUAUGACAGAGAUCGGCACUUGUGGGUUUACUUGCAUGGGGAACGCGAAGAAGAAGAGUUUGAGAGUGAUGGUACCUCUUCCAGAAGAAGGUGUAAAUGGCUGGACAGCAAUCUGGCUUGAGACGAGUUUCAUUCCUUCACAUCUCUCCAGUGAGACAUGUUCAGACCUGUUCUUCUCGAGCCCCUUGGACGGCUUGACCAUCGACAUUUUUUGAAAGAAAAUGAAGUUCGAAGGUGGACCAAAUUGUUGGCUUGACUUGACUACUGCAGUGGUGAGUUUUGUUCAAAUUUGAAUCCAGAACUCCCAACUUUUUUUAUUCAUAGCGUAGAUAAUGGCUUUUAAUACAAUUGAUCUGUGGUGUUGUGAAUGUUUGGAGAAUGAAGAUAUAGUUUAGAAUAUCAGUUAUUUAGAUGUGCAUUCUAUUUAAACCAAAUUUUAAACAAUUUGAUCUGUUUAAUGACA